AUGGAUCCUGCGGCUGGCGAGUCUGAGGCCUCUCAGUUUAAUCGAAUGGUUAUGAAAAAGUUGCAGAAGGCUUUAGAAGCGGACCCAGAAGUGGAUCUAGCUUCUAAAAUUCCCUCGUCUUAUUCAAGCCGACUUGCUCAUCGAAAGGCCAAAGCUCGACAUGAAGACGGCCCGUCUCCAGAGCCUCUGAAUCUCGGAAAGCAACCACCACGAUUUCCUGAAGACGAUGUCCGCAAUCUGCUUGAUGGAGCUGCCCCGGCUACAGUCCUAUUUCCGCUCUCAGAAUCCGUCCGAAGCCUCCUCGAAAGCCAUUACCAAAGCCCAUCCUUCGCCAGUGGCUUACACAGACUGGUUGAGCAGAGUGAAGUGGUCUGGAAGCCCAAGUUUGGCCGCCAUAAGAUCGUCGUCAAAUGCAGUCCAGAAGUUGCUCUGAAGAUUAUGCGGAACAUGGAUGACUUCACCGAAUACACAACACUGCAAUACACUGAGAAGUUUAUACCCAGCAUCCCUGCGCCAAGACCGCUCGGUCUCUUUGGCAUAAACUGGACGACCAGCUUAAGCGCUCAGUUCAAGGCCAGCUGA